AUGACAUCUCUUCUGUCCCAGCUGGUUUCAGUCUUCCUCCUCCUGCUGGCUCCACUGUUGGCCAGCUGCCAGCAGCUCCUCCGACCGAUUGACUGCAGUGCCAUCUAUCUGCAAGAAAACAGCAAACCCAGUGGAGUGUACACCAUCUAUCCCAAUGGAAAGAGGUCUGCUGUCAAGGUGUACUGUGACAUGACUUCAGAAGGAGGACGGUGGACGGUGUUCCAGAGGAGGAUGGACGGCACUUUGAACUUCUACAGGGGCUGGGAUCAAUACAAGACCGGCUUUGGUAACGGUGCUGGAGAGUACUGGCUCGGUCACGGUAGUUUCCUUCCUCCAUUCAUAACCAUGCAUACUGACUUUGAGGGGAGAAAAGCGUUCGCUCGGUACUCUUCGUUCUCCGUCGGUGCAGCAGGUGGCGGAUUUGUGCUGAGUGUGUCUGGAUUCAGUGGAGGGGCAGGUGAACUCCCUGGUUAUCACAACGGAAUGAAGUUCUCCACCUUCGACAAAGACCAGGACAACUCUGGAGGGAACUGUGCCAGAUCAUACCUGGGGGCCUUCUGGUACAACGGCUGUGGCCAUACAAAUCCGAACGGCAUUUAUCGUUGGGGGGCUGACGGCACUAUCAGUUAUGUUGGAGUGGAGUGGGUACAUUGGAAAGGUUAUAACUACUCCCUGAAGACCAUCAGCAUGAAGGUCCGUCCUGUGCUGUAGUUCUCCAGGACCAACGUCCAGCAGAAUAUCAGCUCAUCUCUUGUGAUUUAUUUCUCUUUCUCUCAUUAAGCAUUUAAUCUCACAGGUCUUAUUUUCCUGAAACUGGGCACCAGCACAAGAAAACCAACUGACAUUUGUAAGUCUUGUUACCGUCUGUGGUGGUGUAAAGUAGAGCUGCACAAAAUGAGAAAAAUAUGCGAUAAGUUGUUGAAUAUGGCGAUAACGAUAUCACUUGUGAUAAGGAAACAAAUAUUAAAGUGUUCUCAGUUCUACUUCUUUCAGUAUUCUACUAAAAUACAAGUUUGUUGAAUCUAAAACAACAAAAAACAACCAUUUCCAACAUUGUUUUAUUGAACAAAUUGAACAUUGAAUUGAAUAUAAAAGACAGCACUAAAAAAAUAAUGAAAGUUUCAUUUUGCUUUCGCGAUAUGUCACAGCCUUUAGCGAUGUGUUUAUUGUGCAAGUUGAUAUCGCGAUAGCGAUUAAUAAAAACAGCAUAUUGUGCAGCCCUAGUUUAAGGCAGUCGCAGCUCGCUGCAACGUGAAAGAAAAGUCAGUUGUGUGUUCAGUAGCAGGAAAGUAGGGCCCAUAAUCUUUAAAUGGAAACACAUAUAUAGUCUGAUCGGGUGUUAAUCACUGCAUGAACAGCAACUAGUCUAAAAAACAAAAAACAUGUUUUCUACAAAGAAAACAUCUUUGUAGUUCAGGACAGCCAGUUGAUGUUUGGUGGAGGUUUGAAACUCUAAUGUGAAUCUUUAUCUGCUGUACGGUGACAAUAAAUAAGAAGCUGAGCAUUAA